AUGGCUGGCGAACUUGUUCUUAUCACCGGAGCCACUGGCAUGAUCGGCUUCCGAACCUUGGUCUUCCUUCUUGAAGCAGGCUACAAGGUCCGCGCCGCUGUGCGAAACCAAGCUGGUUUUGACAAGAUCUCACAACUCAAGCCCGUUACUCCAUAUGCCUCGCAGUUGACCAGCGUCAUUGUGCCGGACAUUACUGUCCCUGGAGCUUACGAUGAAGCCGUCAAAGGCGUCGAGUAUAUCGUGCAUAUUGCUUCUCCUCUGGCGAGCAACGCUCCUCCAGGAAUCGACUAUGAGACCUACAUGAUUCAGCCAGCUAUCCAGGGCACCAUAGGCAUCCUUGAGUCAGCAACAAAGGCAACCGGAAUAAAGAAAGUUGUCAUUACCGGAUCUAUCCUCUCCUUAGGCACACCACAGACCUUAGGCUCAGGUACAUAUAUUAAUGAGGAAACGCGAACCCCAACUCCUCACGGCCCUUUCGAGAACGUCAUUCAAGCCUACUCCGCCUCCAAAGCUACAGCAUUUAACAAGACCAAAGAGUUCAUUGCAGAGAGAAAGCCUUCAUUUGGCGUUCAUCACAUAUUCCCCGUCUACGUUCUCGGACGGGAUGAUACCGUCACGACCGCCGAGCAGAUUGUCAAGGGAACCAACAACAUGCUCAUGGGCCCGCUUCUUGGUUCACAGCGACCGCCCAUCCCUGGUGGCUCCGUUCACGUUGAUGAUGUUGCCCGACUACAUGUCCUUGCUUUGGAUCCCAAGGUGGAGGGCAAUGAGGACUUCUUGGCUGCGUCGCACCCUCUUGAGAAGUUUGAGUGGAACGAGUCGCCAAAGUUCAUCAGGAAGCAUUUCCCUCAGGCGGCCGCUGAUGGUUUGUUCAAAUUGGAGGCUGUUGAAAAGGUAGUGACACUCGAUUCAAAGGUAGAUAGCACCAAGGCAGAGAAGCUUUUCGGGUUCAAGUUCAAGACUUUUGAGGAGCAGGUUCAGUCUGUUGUGGGCCACUACUUGGAGCUGUUGGGUAAGAACUAG